CCCGGGAAUUCCGAAGGAGGGGUCGACUCUGCCCGCGCGCAGAGGCUGCGCCCCUCCCUGCCUCAGCUUCCUGGCUGUCAAACUGCUGCGAGAGCGGGAGCGGGAGCACUGGCCUUUUUGAGAAGGAUAUUGCCUGGAGCACAGACCAUUCCGAGACUGCACUACGCGGGUAGAUCUGAAACUGGGCUGGUGCCGGGACGUAAAAGGCCGUUUUGCCUUGCGGAAUUUCAAGGAACUUCUUCCCGUUUGAUCCCAUCCAGAGAAGCCGGGACAUUGGAGGCUCCCCGGAUGUUUGAUGGCCUAAGGAUCCAGCUUAACUGAGGUGUCAUAGGACGUGUUCCUGUUUUUGUAUUGGGCCAGCACCCUCCCGGAAUUCUUUAGUUGCAAAUUUGCUUUGUAAUCAACUUUAUACUGCAUUCAGUCUACUUGAGCUCUGAAUUUUCACUACUCGACCUGUGUACUCAAGGUUGAAAUUACACACAACCCAACUCACUUUUCAAACUGAAAAGUUAACUAUUAAGCUAGAGGUGCAUGUCUGAGGUGUGGAAAAGGUGAUGGAUUCCUGAGAAAUAAGGUGGUGUGGAGGGGGCACCGCCCAUGCUACCCUGCUUCCAACUACUACGCAUAGGGGGUGGCAGGGGCGGUGAUCUCUACACCUUCCAUCCCCCCACUGGGGCUGGCUGCACCUAUCGCUUGGGCUGCAGGGCCGACCUAUGUGAUGUGGCCCUGCGGCCCCAGCAGGAACCUGGUCUCAUCUCUGGAAUCCACGCAGAGCUGCAUGCUGAGCGCCGGGGUGAUGACUGGAGGGUUAGUGUGGAAGACCACAGCAGCCAAGGGACUUUGGUCAAUAAUGUCCGACUCCCAAGGGGCCACAGAUUGGAGCUGAGUGAUGGUGACCUCCUGACCUUUGGCCCUGAAAGGCCUCCUGGAACCAGCCCCUCGGAGUUCUACUUCAUGUUCCAACAAGUCCGGGUCAAACCUCAGGACUUUGCUGCCAUUACAAUCCCACGGUCUAGGGGAGAAGCCAGGGCUGGUUUCCUGCCCAUGCUGCCCUCCCAGGGGGCCCCACAGCGGCCCCUCAGCACCCUCUCCCCUGCUCCUAAGGCUACACUGAUCCUCAACUCCAUCGGAAGCCUCAGCAAGAUCCAGCCCCAGCCUCUCACCUUCUCCCGGAGUGGGGGUGGGCCACAGAGCCUGCCUGUUCCCACUCCAGCUGGGGAAGUGGGUACCACGCCUGCCCCACCCCCAAGAAAUCGGAGAAAAUCAGCUCACAGAGUGUUGGCAGAAUUGGACGAUGAGAGUGAGGCUCCUGAGAGCCCCCAACCAGUCCUCACAGAGCCCAGGAAGAAACUCCGUGUAGAGAAAACCCCACUGACACCCAGUGGGAGGGAAUGACCACAAGGAGAGGUCCAUUGCUAUGGACACUGAUUCAGGGCCUGAAGCAGGCCCUCAUGGCCAAGGUGGUUUCCUGCCAAAGAAAGUGCUGCCUCUCCAGAAGUUGCCAAUGAGCUGGAAAUUCCCACUGUUACAAGCUGUAAGGCCUUGUUGUCAUGGACACCAGAAUAUAUCAUCCAGCACAUAUCAUCUGCAGAAGCUAUGCCUGGGAAGAAACAAGAGGGAGUUGCUAAUGUCCUUGAAUGGCAUCUAUCUAAUACACUCUAGGAAAAUCAAGGGCACAGUCCUGCCUGCCCCCAACUUCCUUAUACUGCUUAGUCCUCUCCCUGACCGUAUCUCUGAUCUGGCUUUUCAGAGCUUUGCUUUUAUUUCCAAAUAAAAACCAAGCAGCUUCA